UUCCCUCUUUAUUCUGCAGUAGUUGCUGGCUAAUCAAACCAACCAGGCAGUGCAAUGCUAUGCAGUAUAUUCAGUGAUUAAACCUAUCGUUUAAUGUUAGAUGUUCAAAGACACCGUGUAGUUUAUGUUACAUUCCUUGUAAGAAAAGAGCAGUCGAUGGAGUAUGGGACAGAAAGAGUUGUUGCGCUGGUCGAUAUGGACUGCUUUUAUGUACAGGUAGAACAACGGAUCAACCCAGAAUUGAAGAAUAAGCCGUGUGUUGUGGCUCAGUACAAGACAUGGAAGGGAGGCGGAAUCAUUGCGGUGAGUUAUGAAGCGAGAGCACAUGGGGUCACCAAAAACAUGUGGGCAGAUGAUGCCAAAAAAUUAUGUCCAGACCUCCAGGUGGCAAGAGUGAGGGAGUCUCACGGGAAGGCAGAUCUUACUCCCUACAGGGAAGCAAGUGUGGAGGUCAUUGAGGUGAUGUCCCGCUUUGCUGUGAUUGAGAGGGCCAGUAUUGAUGAAGCCUACAUGGACCUUACAGCCAGUGUAAAGCAGCGCCUUAGGAACAUGGAAGAUCAACAGAUUGAGCCACACCUCCUGACCGCCACCUUUAUUCAGGGAUAUCCCCAGGCCACCACCAGCCAGGAGGAGACAGAACACGCUGCAUUAGAUAAAGAUGCGCUCAGAUCACAGGGCCUUGGCCAGUGGCUGGCCUCCCUGCCCCCAACAACGCAGACGGACAGUGCAGAGCUGCAGCUGGCUGUGGGUGCUAUCAUUGUAGAAGAGAUGAGAGCUGCAGUUGAGCAGUGCACUGGCUUUCAGUGCUCAGCGGGCAUAUCCCACAACAAGGUCCUGUCCAAGCUUGUUUGUGGCCUGAACAAACCCAACCGCCAAACAGUACUUCCCCUCAGCUCAGUUACCCAACUCUUCAGCAGUCUCCCCAUCAGCAAAAUUCGCAAUCUCGGAGGCAAACUGGGAGCCUCCAUCACAGAGACUCUGGAAGUGGAGAACAUCGGAGAGCUGACAAAGUUCACUCAGGGCCACCUGGCUCAGCACUUUGGACUGAAACAUGGUCAGUGGCUUUAUGACCUGUGCAGAGGGGUCGAUUUUGAGCCCGUGAAGCCUAGACACCUGCCUAAAUCCAUCGGCUGCAGCAAAAACUUUCAAGGAAAGACGUCUCUCGCCACCAAAGAGCAGGUUCAGCACUGGCUUCAACAGCUAGCUUUGGAAUUGGAGGAAAGACUGAUCAAAGAUAGGGAGAUGAACGGACGUGUGGCUAAGCUUCUGACUGUGGGAGUGAAGCAGGCCGGAGAAACAACACCUAGCAGUUUCUCUCGAUGCUGUGCUUUGGCACGAUAUGAAGCAAACAAGAUCUCCACUGAUAGUUUUGCAAUAAUUAAGAGCCUGAAUAGUGCUGGAAACCACCAGCAAGCCUGGUCCCCUCCCCUCACCCUGCUCCACCUCUCUGCCAGUAAGUUCAGUGAUGCUCCCACAGCUUCAUCUGGGGGAAUCGGCACUUUUUUUAGCAGUGAGGUCAUUUCCUCCCAGAAACUUUCAUCCUUCAGUCCAUCUGCUGGUUUAGCAAGACAACCAACACCAAAGAGACCAGGAAUGAUCGAGUCCUUCUUUCAGAAUGCCUCAAAGAAGAGAAAGGAAGACCAUGUUGAACUUUCAGAGGAGGGUGAAAAUGAACUGAAAGACAGUGGAGAGGAGGAAAAAAGUUGCUCUGAAAGCAAUGCCUCCACCUCAUCUAGCUUGCAAGGAGGAAUAUCUUCUUUUUUUCAGAAGAAACAAGUCCCCACUUCUGCCACCACCACAGCUGAUGGUUCUAGUGUUGUGACUGGCCAGGCAGUGGAUUCUUCUCAGAGUCAUGAACAUGUUAUUACUCAAUCUGAUAAAAAGACAUAUGUGCAUACCAGUGAUAGCCUGUGUGGUGUUCCAGAACAUUCCUCUCUUCCUGAGGCUGCUCUGAGCUUCUCCACAGAAGACUAUUUAACUUGUGAUCGCUGUGGCCAGGCAGUGCUGGCUUGGGAGAUGCCAGAGCACACAGACUACCAUUUUGCACAAGAUUUACAGAACUCCUUUUCCUCCCCCUUACCUUCUCCUUCCUCAUCCAAUCAGAUCCCAGCUAACCGGUCCAAAACUCAUGCUGGUCCUAGGUCUAAGACAUCACCGGCCUCCUGUAGUAGAACUCUCAGCAGUGGCCCCUUAAGACCUCAGGCCAAAAAGCCAAAGACAGUGGGCACUGUUGUUACUCUCGAUUCCUUCUUCAAAAAGAGUUAGACUUGACCUAAUAUUGAUGCAGGCCUGGUAUUUCCUUCCUCAUUAUCUGCCUGUGAUUAAAUGAAAGUCCGAUAUAGUUCCACCAACUGACUCCGAAACAUCUCCACAGCCUUGUCCCAUGCUGACUCAAUCUCACCAACCACUUCUGUCAUAAUGUUUGCUCAGUUCAGAUAAACGGCUGUUGAUCUAUACCUUCAUAAGAUUGGUCUAUAUGCACGAUGGCCUUUCGACUUGGUGACUUUUCUGAUAAAUAGGAACAAUUCCAUGACGCCACAGAGUACCAGUCUGAAGACAUUCCUGUUUACAAACGACAAGCAGCAGGGUUCUACUCUUGUAGAUUUUUUUAAUACUGAAAACUGAAAAUUAAAGCGCAAAGGAAAAGUAUAUUAUUUUCUACAACAAUUGUCGUUAUCAUUGCUUAUUUGCACAAGUUGCAUAUCUGUAGUGGCAAUAACCCUGUUCCUUCUGCCUAUUGUUGUUACCACUUGGAGAGCGCGGGUGUAGACUCGCAGCCAGUGCCUUUGAAUUAAUCCAAAAUCACAUUCCGGUUGUGUUUCUGAACUUUUUAUUGCAACGAAAAUAAUCAUGAUACAUAAAUAUAGAGAUUGUG